UCUGAUAAACUCGUCGCGAGAGCUAGCUGUGGUUAUGGCGUCGCUGAGGCCAUCAUCACCCCAUGAACCCCUCCUCCUCCUUGGGCACCAAUCCUCCAUUCUUCUUGGCCACAGGCCAGGUCUGCUGUUCCUGCCAACACGAACGCGACGGGCCGUUCUUGCUGCCCGUAGCAGCAGCAGCAGCGUUAGGAGAGGGGAGAAGCCGGUGGAGGACAGGAUCAGGGAGCAGCUCCUGAACGCCGGGCCGCCGCCGCCGCCGUCGUCGUACGACACGGCGUGGGUCGCCAUGGUGCCGGCGCCGGGGUCCCCUCAGGCGUCGCGCUUCCCGCAGUGCGUGGACUGGAUCCUGCGGAACCAGCGCGGCGACGGCUCGUGGGGGCCGGCGCCGGGCAGCGGCGACCCGUGGUCGCUACUCGUCAAGGACGCGCUCUCGUCGACGAUGGCGUGCGUCCUCGCGCUCCGGACGUGGGGCGUCGGCGACGAGCACGUCGGCAAAGGGCUCCGCUUCAUCGGGCACAACGCGUCCUUCGUGACGGACGACAGAAGCGACACUCCGGCAGGGUUCAACGUCAUCUUCCCCGGCAUGCUCGCGCACGGCAUCGGCAUGGGGCUGGAGAUCCCACUGGCCCCUGCCGACGUCGACGCCAUCCUCCGGCUGCGUGACACGGAGCUGAAAAGCAUGGGUUCUUCUGGAAGUAGAGCUUUCAUGGCCUACGUAGCAGAAGGCUUGGGGAACCUGCUAGACUGGGACCAGGCGAUGGAGUACCAGAGGAAGAACGGAUCGUUGUUCAACUCACCGGCAACAACGGCCGCAGCUGCGAUCCACAACUACAACGGGAGAGCACUCGACUACCUGGAUUCCCUCAUCAGCAGGUUCGGCAGCUCAGUGCCGACUGUGUAUCCGCGGAACGCGUACUCCCGGCUUCGCAUGGUGGACACGUUGGAAAAGAUGGGGAUCUCUCUGGGAUUUUCCGGUGAAAUAGACAGCAUACUUGACACGAUAUACAGCUCCUGGCUGGCCAAGGAUGAGGAGAUAACGCAGGACAUGGCGACGUGCGCAAUGGCGUUCCGCCUCCUGCGUUUGCACGGAUACGAUGUUGCGUCUGAUGGGUUGGCCCAAUUCAGCGAAGAAUCCAGCUUCUACGAUUCCGUCCAAGGGUAUCUAAAUGAUAGUGAAGCAUUACAAGAACUGUACAAAGCAUCACAUGUUCAGAUCUUUGAGGAGGAGCCGGUCCUGGAAAGCAUUGGCUCUUGGUCAGCUAAACUUCUGAAGGAACAGCUGUGUUCCAACAAGAUAUCGAGAUCUGUAGACCCCGGAGAGGUGGAACAUGUGCUCAAAUUUCCCUCCUACGGCACCGUAGACCGACUGGAGCACAGGAGGAACAUUGAACAGUCUAAGAUAGGGGGCUUCCAGAUGCUAAAAUCAGCAUACCGCGCUUGUCAGAUAGACGAAGGAAUGGUCGCGCUGGCAGCUGAUGGGUUCCAUUCCUGUCAGGCUUUGUACCAACAAGAGCUUCAGAGCCUCAAUAGCUGGGUGAAAGUGAUGAGACUGGACGAGCUGGAGUUUGCAAGACUGAUGCCGCUGGUCUGCCUGUUGCCACCUGCUUCCACCAUGUUCCCCUCUGAGCUAUCCGAGGCUCGCCUUGCCUAUGCCAUGGAACUCAUCCUGGUGACCAUAGUCGAUGACCUGUUCGACGUCGGGGGAUCAAAGGAAGAGAUGGAGAACCUCGUCACGCUCAUCGAAAAGUGGGACGCGCACGAAGAAGUUGACUUCUGCUCCGAGACCGUGGAGAUUGUUUUCCGCGCCGUCUACCACACCAGCAACCUGCUCGGAGCUAAGGCCGCGGCAGUGCAGAACCGCAGCGUCAUCCACCACAUUGCCGAGCUCUGGGCAGACCUGGCGAGAGCCAUGAUGGCCGAGGCGGAGUGGACGCUGAGAGGGCACGUGCCAUCUUUGGAGGAGUACAUGGCGGUCACGGUGCCGUCGUUCGGGCUGGGCCCGAUCGCCCUCACGUCGCUCUACCUCAUCGGGCCGGAGCUCACCGAGGAGAUGGUCCGGAGCCGGGAGUACGGCGAGAUGUUGCGGCGCGUCGCCACCUGCGCCCGCCUCCUGAACGACCUCCGGACGUACGAGCGGGAGGAGGAGCAAGGGAAGGCGACCAGCGUCCUGCUGCGGGCUCGUCGCCACGGCGGCUCCGUCGAGGCGGCCAGGGCGGAGGUGAGGAGCGCCGUCGCGGCGUCCAGGAGCGAGCUGAUGAGGCUGGUGGUCAGGGACAGCGGCGCUGUGCCGCGGGCGGUGCGGCAGGAGUUCUGGAACAUUUGCAAGGUCGCCCACCUGAUGUACAGGGAGGAGGACGGCUUUGCGUCGACCAGGGAGACGAUGCGCGCGGCCAACGCGGUGGUGCACGAGCCGCUGGCCUGGCGGCUGGGAGGGAAGAUCGAAUCCCCGGCGGAAAGCGUUAACCUCUCGUAGUCCUAGGUCAAGCGUGUUUGUUGGGGAU